AUGUCGUGGGACCGUCGUUGUCGUGUUGCUACGUGCACAGUCAACAAUUGGGCGCUGGAUUUCAAAGGAAACUAUGAUAGAAUUGUGAAAAGUAUAAGAAAAAGCGGUAAUUCGGUUAAAAACUCUAAACUGUUCAGCAUGUGAAGAAGCGGCAGCUCGCGGAGCAUGUAUCCGUUUGGGACCGGAGCUGGAGAUCCCCGGAUACGGAUGUGCCGAUCAUUUCUUCGAAGUGGACACCGAAAGGCACUCGUGGGAAAUGCUCAGCAAAUUGACCGAAAAGAGCAAAGAAGUUUGCAAAUUUUGAGUAUUUCCAUAAAAAUAUCAGUCUUCAGUGGCCCGAUCUUCUUGUGAUCACCGGCCUUCCGACAAGAUUCCGAGGACUCUUGUACAAUUGCGCGGCCGCUUUAAAAAAUGGAAAGCUGCUUUUCGUACGCGCAAAAAUGGGUUUGGCCGACGACAAUGUGUACAGAGAGUCGCGGUGGUUCGUUAAAUGGACGGAGACUUUCCAGCACUAUCAGAAGCCGUUGCAUCCGGAAUUUUAUUUCGAACAGGUACGUGUUGUGCGAAAUUCGAUUUCGCAGUCUUUUCCAAAUUCAUUUUUUUAGGAUUCUGUACCGUUCGGCGACGGAAUUCUCGAGUCGCCUGACAAUGUGCGUGUCGGAUUCGAAAUCUGCGAAGAGCUCUGGUCGGCCCGCUCCACAAACAUUCGGCUCUCGGAGCAAGGCGUCGACAUCAUGUGCAACGGCUCGGGAAGCCAUCACAUCCUCGGAAAAUCCAACUAUCGUAUCAAUCAGCUUAUUCUCGGCUCUUCUGCAAAAGUGGGCGGAGUCUACUUGUAUGCGAAUCAUCGUGGAUGCGACGGAGAUCGUGUCUACUACGACGGAGCGUCGACAAUCGCGCAGAACGGAGAGUUGCUCGCUCAAAUUCAUCAGUUUGAUAUCGAAGAUACGGUAUUCCACGAAAUUGUAUGACAUUUCUUCGAAUUUUUAAUGUUUUAGUGCGUGACAACUGCUCUGGUGGAUCUUUCUGACAACUUGACGUUCCGGCAGAUGAAGUCAAGCAAUCGGGUAACCGCUUCCGAGCAAACUACCAUAGUCCCGAUCCGCUUCGAAGGAAAUAUGCUCGGAGGAGUGAAGAGCAGUGAAAAGUGCACCGAGGCCAUUAAAAGUACAACUUUCAAGUAAUAUAGGAGCAUCUCACAGAAAUGGCUCUCUGUUCGCAAUCUCGUCGAAUUUCUAGGCCGCGAAGUAAUUUUCCACUGAAAACGUGGCUUAACUUUUCAAACUCGGCCCCGAGGUCACUCAAUUUGCACUGCAAAAAAAGUUUCUCAACAGAGCGCCAUUUCUGUGAGGUGCCCCUAUAAUAGAAUUGCUUGAAAAAACCGAUUUCUUUGCAGAUGUUGAAGAGCUCCAACUGUCGCCGAUCGCCGAGUUGUGUCAUGGACCGCCCGCUUACCUUUGGACGUACUUGAGAAGAAGUGGAAUGGUAAGAUUUACGGACAGAAACUGAAAAUAGUCCCAGCAGCGUCUAAAUUAUCGAAAGCAGCGCCGAGGAAGCUGCAGAAGCGAAUUUAGUCGCUGCUUUGAACAAUUUGGUCGUCGCAUUCGAUAAUUUAGUCGCUGCUACACUGGAAAACAGGCGCAGGCGCCUGAGUUGCGCUUUCGAGAAUGUUCCGAUUGUUUCCAGGCUGGUUACUUCAUCCCACUCUCCGGAGGCCAGGAUUCAUCGGCGGUAGCGGCGAUGGUCAGAUUAAUGUGCGAAAAAGUUUGCGGAGCAGUCAAAAACAGUCGAGAAAAUGGCCGCGGAGACGAUCCGGCGUACUAUUUGGGAGGAAAGAAGGUUACCGAAAAUCCGGCCGAGCUGUGUAAUCAGGUUGGUGCGAGCAAUGUUUUAUUGAGCACAAAAAUAACCUAA